CAGUUGACGAUCUGCCAGCGAGCGGUACGGAUGUAUUGUCGUGGUAGGAUCUCGUACAGAAACGGAGCAGUCGCUUUAUAACUACGCCGAUACUACGGAGAUUCGGCCUUUAGUGCGUCGUCGUCGUUGUCACUCGUCAUUCGCCGGUGCUGUUACGUCGUAACGCGCACGUUCACCGCCGCCGCAGAUAAGGUCGCCUCUGUCUCUCCUCCCGUCCUUCUCUGCCCGCUCCAUUCUACACUGUCUCUUCACCGCAUCUCUUGUCGUCACCGCCGCCGCCGCUGCUGUGCCGCCGCCGCCACUGCCACCGCCGCUGCCGCCGCCGUCCCGGUGUUCAAGCAGCGCCGCGGCGGUUCCCCUCUAUUGAUCGAAUUUGACCUGCGAAGUUUCCCCUAGCGCGUGUGUGCAGUAUAGUGGCAGCCGGCAGUGGCUCUCUUGCGUUUACGUUUUUGAGUCCGGUGAUACGAUUAAAUAAUCGUGAAUAGCCUCGGUAUGGCCGUGCCAACGGCUUGUACGCGAUUCAGUGACAACUACGAUUUGAAGGAGGAACUUGGCAAAGGUGCCUUCUCUGUGGUUCGACGAUGCGUGCAAAAAAGCACCGGUCAUGAGUUUGCUGCAAAAAUCAUAAACACUAAAAAGCUCUCGAACAGAGAUUUUCAAAAACUUGAGCGUGAGGCGCGAAUAUGUAGAAAGCUGCAACAUCCAAAUAUUGUGAGAUUGCACGAUAGUAUACAAGAAGAGAAUUUUCAUUAUCUCGUCUUUGAUCUAGUCACCGGCGGAGAACUAUUCGAGGACAUCGUCGCUCGAGAAUUCUACAGCGAAGCUGACGCCUCACACUGUAUUCAACAAAUUUUGGAAAGCGUUCACCACUGCCAUCAUAACGGAGUCGUGCACCGAGAUCUGAAACCCGAAAAUUUACUUCUCGCGAGCAAGGCGAAAGGGGCGGCUGUGAAAUUAGCGGAUUUUGGUCUGGCAAUCGAGGUGCAGGGUGAAGCACAAGCAUGGUAUGGUUUCGCUGGAACACCCGGUUACCUCAGUCCGGAAGUGCUAAAGAAAGAACCUUAUGGGAAAGCAGUCGAUAUAUGGGCGUGCGGUGUUAUCCUAUACAUUCUUCUUGUUGGCUACCCGCCGUUUUGGGACGAGGACCAGCAUCGACUUUAUGGGCAGAUCAAGGCUGGAUCAUACGAUUAUCCGAGUCCAGAAUGGGACACCGUCACGCCAGAAGCCAAGAAUCUUAUCAAUCAGAUGCUAACAGUAAAUCCAGGAAAAAGAAUUACUGCCAGCGAGGCAUUGAAACAUCCAUGGAUUUGCCAACGUGAACGUGUUGCGUCUGUUGUGCACAGACAAGAGACCGUGGACUGCUUGAAGAAAUUCAAUGCAAGGCGCAAAUUAAAGGGCGCUAUAUUGACGACCAUGCUGGCAACGCGAAAUUUUUCCAGUAAGUAUGAUACACAGGGUCGAAGCAUCAUCACGAAGAAGGGUGAUGGCUCUCAAGUGAAGGAAUCCACCGAUAGUAGCACAACGAUCGAGGAUGAUGACGUUAAAGAGGAUAAGAAGGGCGGCGUCGACCGGAGCAGCACGGUCAUUGCCAAAGAACCCGAAGACAUAAGAAUCGUGUGUCCUAUCAAGACCUGCAGCCAGCUCUCAACGAACUCCCAAUGCUCAGCGCGCCGACAGGAAAUCAUCAAGAUGACUGAACAAUUGAUUGAGAGCAUCAACACCGGGGAUUUCGAAGCGUACACGAAAAUCUGUGAUCCACACUUGACCGCAUUCGAACCGGAAGCUCUAGGUAAUUUAGUCGAAGGAAUGGAUUUCCACAAAUUUUAUUUUGAUAAUGCAGUCCUUGGGAAGAACUGUAAAGCUGUCAAUACUACCAUCUUGAAUCCUCACGUUCACCUGCUGGGUGAAGAUGCCGCUUGCAUCGCAUAUGUCAGGCUGACGCAGUACAUAGACAAACAAGGCAUCGCACAUACUCAGCAGAGUGAAGAGAGCCGUGUAUGGCACAAGAGAGACAACAAGUGGCAGAAUGUGCAUUUUCAUCGAAGCGCAGUGACGGGUCCGUCGCCAUUUUCUUUCAAUCACAAAUAGAUCGGCUAAGAGGACUGUCCCUGCUACCGCUCUCAGUGGACGCUUUUUGUCACCAUAGAAAGCGAAUUAAUGAACGUUAGGAAUACGGAGCACAUAUUCGGGCGUUCUUAUACACACUUACAUACACACACAUACAUACACACAUACACACGCGCGCGCGCACGCAUAUAAAUACACAGAUGCGUAUGCAUAUACACAAAAAGAGAUAUGUAUAUGAAAAAAGUUACAUUACAAACAACGAUGUAACAUUCGAAAAA